AUGAUUCUGAAAAAUAAACGGGAAGUCAGGCGCUCGGUGAUGCUCCAGACGCCCUUCGAGAGAACCCGCAUGGAUGCGCACCUUCAGCAAGUCAACAUGCUACUGCUUGAGCAGAAGGCCGUCUUGAUGCAGCAGGAGAAGCAACACCAGCAUGCUAUCCUCCAACGGAGAAAAGUAGCCAAGUGGGAAGGUUCCCAGAGGGGAAUUGGAGAGGCCCACGAUCAGCAGAAUGUGCUCACCCCUCGUAUGAGCUUUGAACAGCAUCUGACAGAUGAUAUGCUAAGGCAACUCUUAGAGAAGGUGUUCAGAUCUGCAGAUGAAGAACACGCAGGCAAGAAUGCGGUCAUCAUAUUUUCGUUAAAGAGUUUAAGCAUUACUUCAGUGAGGCAGGUUGUUCCCGAUGAGGCAAGCGAUUUUCUUUCGGGUCACUUACCACUGUUCCAGGCCGCCUCCAGCAUCAAGAUUCCCAAACUGCUUGACAUGCUCAGAGACAGGAGAGAAAAAGCUCGACAGCGCCUCUGCAGCAAUGUGAAGCGAAGAGCAACAGCAGAUGCAAUGGUGCUCCUCUUUCGUGAGGAGCUAGAUGAGACAUUUAGGUAUUCUAGGCAAGACAUGGCUUUCAUUAUGCAAACAAUUCCAGGGAAUGACCAAGGGGAAGUCGAAUACGAAGCGCUGCCAGCUCUACUUCACGUCCUCAGGAAGGAAAGUAUUAACAAUGCCGUUCUUGAAGUUGACCCUAUAGCGAUCGAAGCUGAGCUCAAUAGGACUGCAAAAGAAGUCCGACUGCCCUUUUGCACGCUCCACACCGUAGUGAUAGCUGUCUUGCUCCCAAGAAUACCUCAAGAGCAAUACGCCCAGAGAAAUAUUUCGUUAGAGGGCUUCAACGGCGCUGAGCUGCUGCAGGUGCUUCUUUGCUUGUCUUCUAUGAACCGUCAAGGUCAAGUUGUCUGGGAAGAGUUUGUUGCGGUCGUACAACGCGUUCUGCCACCCCUGUUUGACACCGAUCGAAUUGGCAAGAUGGUGGCGGAUGCCGAGGCACAAGCAGAAUUUGAGGAGCUGCGUGGACUUUCCGUUCGAGACUCUAAGCAGAAGCAACGAGCUAGCCUUGCAGCUCGCCGUCGCAGCAAGCUGAGACCCGCUUCGCACGCUCAGCUGCAAUUUAUGGCUGACGACGGAGACCAGGGCGAGCCUCCAGACCGUGAAAGUGUGGAAAAGACACUUGUGCACCUCUUCACGGUGCUUGACGACAGACGGAAGGGUUCAGUGCCGGCUCAGGUUUUUGUAGGAGUUAUGCACUAUUGGUCGGCGCGAAACGGGUCUGGCUCUACCUCGGGUGAGGCAGGCAGCCCACUGCCUUUGAAUUCUGUGAGUUCCUUAAGCGGAGGAGCUGCACUGGCAGCGGAACGACGUUAUGCCGACAUAGUAAUGAGCUGCCGAUUGACCCCGGCAGAAGUCACAGGAUUUGUUGCAGAAGCAAAGGUCGACCCACUGGUCCAAGAAAUAAGCUAUACUGAGCAUAUCAAAGCAUGGGUUGCGACAAUUUUUGAAAUCCGGUAA